AUGCUCCUAGAAACGCUCGCUUACUGGCUAAUGCUAAGCCUAGCCCUUGCUCAGAAUAGCCAGUCUUCACAUUUAUACUCAUUUUCUUCACACUCUCUCAAGGCAGCUUCUACUUUUUCUUACUCAGUUACACGAUACUCCAACUAUAGCGUUCGCUCGACAGCUCUAAGCAAAACAAGCUCAAAACCAAGUUCGAUCUCUGGUCCCACCUCUCGGUCGACUUCAUUGAGCUCUCAGUCAUCUCUGCCGAGAUCAAGUAGCUCAGGACCAGCUUCACAACCUAUUUUGCUAGAGCCGUCUUCCAGUGCAUCUAUUACUGUGCCUCCAAGUUCAAGCCUCGCUACUACUACUACUAUUACUAGCCUAGCGCCUCCUCUCACCACUUCUGUCUCGGAUGGGAAAACAAUAGCUAUUGCGCUUGGGGCAGCGGCAGGAGCUAUAGUUGUUGUUGGUGGUGUUGGCGGUGGUUUUGUCGCUUUCGGAUCCGCCGCUCCUAUUGCUGUAGCGGCCGGGCAAGUCUUGGAGCUGCGGCCGCACAGCAACAGCAACGAUGGCGAAGAUGAGCCAGAGAUGCAGACUCUUUCAUCGAUUUCCAUCAGCCUUACAACAAGCGAACCAACUACUUCCGCGCCAAGCUCUACCACCAGCUCAACGAGUACAUUUACGAGUACCUCAACAUCUUCGGCGCUGCCUAGCCAACCCCCGGCCAACUACGUCGUAUUCCUGAGACCUGAAAUCGCUGCGGACCCAACGCAAAGGGCCGACUUUGAGAAAUUUCUCGAUUCUUUUGCUGAACCUGAUACGUUGAAAGACCUAGCUCGAGAAUUUGGCUCUGAUGAGGACAUUGGAGUCUUUGUUCUUGACACAACUGAAGAUAACGCUACAGCAAUCAGUCAAGAUCCAAGGGUACAAUCAAUCGAUCUGAAUAGCGAGGCGGAACUUAUUGAGCCAAUUUCACCAGUGGCAAGUCAACAAGAGGAAUUCACGCGAGAAACUUUUGACAACGUCGUCUUGCAGUUUCCUAGUCAAAACGCCCUGAAUGACUUAUCCUUACCUCUAGAGGCUAAUGUCGAUGGUGUUACACCCAACGAUAUCCCAGGAUACGCAUUCCCUGCAGCAGCCGGCAAAGGAGUGACAAUCUACAUAUUGGAUACAGGUGGCAAUCCAAACCAUGACGAGUAUACCAAAGCGGAAGGGACCAAGCGAUGGUUGUUUGCUAACGAAGACAAAACCGAGAGUGACGAUGUCGGUCACGGCUCAUGCAUGCAAUCGUUAGCCAGUGGGCCUUUGUUUGGCGCCGCCAAGGCAGCCGACAUUGUUAUUGUCAAGCUUGGCGCGAGGUCGACAAUGGACAAUGCUCUGUUCGGCCUCCUUCUGAUAUUACAGGAUGUCAUCCAAAACAAGUUACAAGGGAAAGCAGUUAUUAACAUGUCAAUUGGAUACAAGCUACUCGUCCCCAGCACAAACACCCAGGGCCGAAAGCCUGGUUUUGUACAAAAAGAUGGAAUCGACGGCUUCAGGCAUGCUCUUCAACUACUCAUCGAACAAGAUGUUGUAGUAGUCACAGCGUCUGGCAACGAUAGGGAUGACCCUAAUGCGGGCGAACAUAUUACCGCCUUUCCAGCUUUCUUUGGCCGGCAGAUUGAUAUAAUCACUGUCGGUGCUGUCGAUGAAAACGGGAAGCGUACGUAUUACUCUCAAGGUGUACCUACAGAGCUUGACACCUCGGCUAUCGGUACUGCUACGUGCGCAAGUAACAAGGGAAACGAGGAUGUUGAAUUGGAUGGUACAUCAAUAUCGACUCCAUUUGUUACCGGCAUGAUUGCGACAUGGCUUAGCGAUCCGCAGUACAAAGAUCGGCUCCAGAUUCCCGGGGAGGUUGCUGCAAAUGUUAAGAAGAUGGUCAAGGAACUAUCCUACAACCGUUUUGGAGGAGGUGACACUCCAGUUGCUUGGAACGGCGUCGACAUCUUUACAUGCCAGUCUGACUCCGAGUCUAGCGGCUCUGGGCCAAGGAAGCUCCGAGCUCGAGCGGGAAAAUGCGCCAUUAAAUCGACAUCAACCGCGAUUACUACAUCUACCCAACCAGCAAUUCCGACUUCUACAGCACCGGCGGCGCCUCCAGUAGUCGCGCCCUCGGCUCCAGCAGUUGUUCCCAGUGCAACACCGACUCCGGCAGCUCCACCCCCCGUCCCUUGUUACAACUUCAACAUAAACGCUUACGGUUACUGCUGUCCCGGACCUAACAGCCCUUGUGAGAAAGAUCUUGGGACAUGCUAUCUACCAUUCAAAGGAGAGGGCGUAGGUGGUGGUGGUGAUGGCCGAACAACAGUGCCAACAGGGGCAAGAUGCCCACCUCCUCCUGGUGCAGCGGAUAGUAGAUGGUAG